ACACAUACAUAUACAUAUAUAUGGAGAGGUGUUUCUGUUAUAUUUCCUCCCGAUUUCCUCUGGUUUCUGUAACGCCUUAAGAGUUAGAUUACUGAUUUCAGUUUUCGCAGAGAUGACGGAGGUUUUGGAAGGAGAUGAGACUGUGACGUUGAAAGUAUUGAAGCAGAAAAUGCAUGAUUUCGCUCAGGAGCGAGAUUGGGAACGACAUCAUAGCCCUAGAAAUCUGCUAUUGGCACUGGUGGGAGAAGUUGGGGAAUUGUCAGAGAUAUUUCAAUGGAAAGGGGAGGUGGCAAAGGGACUACCAGAUUGGAAAGAAGAAGAGAAAGUGCACCUGGGUGAAGAGCUAUCCGACGUCUUGCUUUAUCUUGUUCGUCUCUCUGACAUCUGCGGCAUCGAUUUGGGUCAAGCUGCUCUCCGUAAGAUCCGUCUUAACGCCAUCAAGUACCCCAUCCCCGAUCCCACUCCCACUCCCAAACCCUAAAAUUAAUAUUAUUAUAUAAGAGUAGGGUUAUUUGCAUUUGCAUUAAAAAUGUGAUAAAUAGGUGUUUAAUGUUGAUGUUGGUAGGGAAGAUAUAUAUAGAUAAGGAUGCGUUUCUAUAUUGUAAGGCUGACCUUACGUACUAUUACCACUAUUGGUAGGUAGGUGCUACCUUCUCUUACUGGCUUGGGAGAUUUUUGUUACCUUAUCUAUCUUUUUGA